AUGAAAACAUCAGCAAAGCAACAACUUGCUGCUGUAUUGCAGAAUGAUGAGUAUUCAUCAUCAUCCGAAGAUGAAGAGACCACAAUGGCUGACGAUGAUUAUGUUUUAAACGAAGAGGAAAGCAUUCCGCCUGAAAGUGUUUUAGACGGAGAACAAUCAAAAAAGCAUAAUAUUGAUUCGGAUGAGGACGAUUCAGAUGAUACAGACUCUGAUGAAAAUCAAUACAAUCCUCUUGCAAAAACAAAUGCUAAAAAACAAAAAGUCAGCAGCUUUUUUCCAGCAGGAAGUUCCUCGGAAAUGAAUCAACAACAAGAUGAAGAAUCCGAUGAGGAGUCUGAAUUUUCUGAAGACUCUGAUCAUGACAUGACCGCAGUGAAAGACUUGAUUAAAAAAGCCUCUUCACCGUCAACAUUGGGUCAAACCGUAGCACAUGAUGACGACGACGACGAUAUUCAAUUAAGUGAUUUAAUUUCAUCAACUCAACAUGGAACCGAUACAAGGUUAAAUGCCGAAAAAACUCAGAAAGAAUUGAAGAAUAUUGAAGAGUUGAAGAAAAUUGACAAGCAAUAUAAAAAAGGAGCUGGACUAUUCUAUGCACUUGAAGAUACAGAAAUUCAAAAUGAAGAGAGGAGAGCAGCUUUUGAUAUUGUAGAUGAAGGAAUGGAAAAGUGGCAUUCCAUCGUUGAAACAGUUGAAAAUUCCAGGCAUGUUCCUCUUAUUUACAAACAUUUGCGAGACAAAACAGAAAAAGAAAAAAUUUUGGAAAAAGGAAUCAAAGGAAGUGGUGUAUUCGAUGAUACCUCAGAGAUUGAAUUGAUAAAAUCAUUUGAAGCCACCAAAAAACAGUUAUCUAACAUGGAUAAAGAGUCUCUAGUUGCAAGACACAAGGAAAUUUUGGAAAAGAGGAUAGAGAUGGAAAAACAAGCAAAAAAGAACAAAUGGCUCAAGAAUAUUAAGAGCAAAACCUAUAGAAAAAUUUUAAAAAAGCAAAAAGAAAAACAACAAGAAUUGUUAGAAGAAGAGCAAAUGAAGAACAUGGAUGAGGAAGAAUUAAAGCAGAAAAUUUUAAAGAGAGAACGAGAAAUGAUCACCGAGAGAUUAACUAUGAGACAUAAAAAUACAUCCAAGUGGGUGAGGCAUGCCAUGAAGCAUCAAGUUCACAAUACUGGACUUAGAGAAGCUAUUUCUGAGCAAUUGAAGGUUCAUUCUGACCUUGUUAAAAAGCAAACAAAGAAAGAAAAUGAAGAUGAUAGUGAUGCUGAAGACGAAAUGGUUGAACAAUUGUUCCAAAAGGAUAAACAAUCUAAUCCAUUUGAGACAAUGAGACAGGUUGUCACUGAGGAAGAAGGAGAAAAGACAGGUCUUUAUGGAAUGAAAUUUAUGAAAAAAGCAAAUGAAAAAAGGAAACAAGAGCAAUUAGACUUAAUUAAUCAAAUGGAAAAGGAUGUUGGUGAUCACAUUGGCAUUUCUUCAGCUCAAGAAGAAGAACAACCCUCAGGACGAAUGCAAUUUGAAAAAGACAAUAAGAAAACCAACUCUCGGACUGUGCAAGAAGACAUGGACUCUUCUGACGACGAAAAUAUAGAGACAAAAUUUGAUAAGAAUACCAUCGUAAUUCCAAAGACAACUGUAAAAGUUUCCUCACAGACUCUUAACGAAAAGACUGGCAUUGAAAAAAAAACAGCAAGCACUACAACACAACCACAUCCUUCAAGUGGUAGUGAGAAUUCUGUACUCAAUACAACCAAGAUCAUGUCUAAAUCCUUUGGAUCUGUAUCAGAACCAUCGAAUGACGCGUCAGACAAGCAAGUAACAGUGACGAGUAUCUCAAUGAAAAGAAAACGUACAACCAAAGAAAACCCAUGGCUGAAUAAGGGAGGAAAGACAAAAAGUAGAGACAGUGAUACGAUAGAAGAUGAAAUCUCUAAAAAGAAGAAGAAAAUGAAUAAGGAUGUUGCAUCAAAGAUUUUGAUUAGCACUGAUGAAUCAAAAUUAGGUAUUGAAACCAAUGAUACUUUGAUUCAGGAAGAUGCACAUGUUGAAUCUACAACAAAUGUAACCAAGUCAAGUAAAAAGAAUAGAGAACAAUUGGAAUUUGAAAAGAAGGUUAAGCAAGAAGCAUUCGCAGGUGAUGAUUUGGAACUUCAAUUUGCUGAAGAUAAGGAAAAAGCCAUUAACGAAGAAAUUGACAUGCCUGAUUUUUCAACAACAUUUAAGCCUGGUUGGGGAUCAUGGGCUGGUUUUGGACGUGAAGAACAAGUUAAAAAAGAUUUGGAAAAGAAACAACGACAAAUUGCAAGAAUUCAAAAGAAAAUUAGAGACGAACAGAUUGAACAACGUACCGAUAAUCAAAUUAAUCAUGUAAUUAUUAGAGAGACAGCGAAGGUUCCAGACAAAUUCCUCAUUCCGGUGUCCAAUCAAAUUGAAGCUGCUGUUGUUGAUAGCGCCUUUGCUCAUCCUUUGGGUCUCGAGUGGAAUACUUUGAAAGGACACAAGACACAAAUUGCACCUCGUGUUAAUUUACAAAGUGGACAUAUUGUUAAGGCUCUGGACUAUGAGACUAUGCAAAUUAAGAGCACCAAAGCAAAUACUCAAGAUCCUCUACUCGACGUGAAAAAAGCUGCCAAACUAGAAUCUGCUAAGGAACAACGAUAUCAAAAGAUUAAGGAACGACUAAAGGACGAUUAUGAAACGGUUAAAUCUAAACGACAGGAAGACAGAGAAAAAGCGGACAAAGAAAAAGAAGAAAGCAGAAAACGUUAUAUGGCAAGAUGGGAAAAGGAUUCUGACGAGGAAUAA